AUGCGUUUUUUUUUCUCAAGAAAAUAUAUGAAUUCUAAUGGAAAGAUCGAAGACAAGAAAAACGAAAUCACAAAGAACAUCACGAGUCUGCUGAGUGAAAAUCCCAAUGAAGAUUUUCUAACGAAACUCGAUGAACUUUACAAAAAUAAAUUUCAACAAACUUUAUCGAUUGAAUUAAUUAAAUUAACACUUCCAGAUUUUUACAAGAAACUAAUUGUAUUAACAUCACCAUCAAAUGUCGAAAACGAUGAGAAUUCUUUCCUUGAACAAAUGACCACCUCUGGAAUUAUUCCAAAUGAUUUCCUUUAUAGUCCAAAUCCUCUGACAUUCACUAACGAAGCAUUUGUUGCUUUUAUAUCAAACAUAGAUGAACAAAAUCAAUUGAUUUAUAUUCGAUCGGACAAUGACACAGAAUAUAUGGAACAAUUAACAAAUAAUCUUCAGAUUUAUUAUUCUCAUUCGAUAUCUGAACAAUUCAUAGUUAAACAAGUAAAUGUUCAUCACGCAUAUGUUGGAAAAUAUGAAGAUAUUUAUCAUCGAUUGUUUAUUGAUGAAAUUCAUGACUCAACAUAUGUGAUCAAUUAUGUUGAUAUUGGUUUAAGAAAACAAAUUCAAAAAGAUUGUAUUCAAUUGAAAUCUUUACUUAAUUGCUUUGCUGAAUAUCCAUGUUUGACGAUUGCUUGUCGACUUCAUGGAAUUGAAUUUCUACUUCAUAAUUAUCAAUUACCACAAAGCACUUUUCAUCGAUUGAAAUAUUUAUGUCGAGGUGGUCCUUUUAAUAUUUAUCCACAUAAUGAAAUACAUGAAGUGUUAAAUGUUGUCAUUCGUGAUCUUGAUGAUCAAUGUUUGAAUGAUCUUCUUGUAAAAGAAGGUUUAGCUUUCUCUUUUCCUAUGAAUAAUCAUCAAAAUACAAAUAUAAAUGUAAAUCAUGCGUUGGAUGAUUAUGAUCAAGAUGAAUUAAAUGCAUCAACGAUGCAAUUAUCAGUUCCAGAUAAUGAUUAUGAAAUCAUAGAUUAUUCAUUAACAUCUAUCAAUUCAAAACAGAAUGAAAAUCAAAUACAAAAACAACCAGUGAAGUCCAACAAUCAUUCAAAUCGUAGACUCAAUUCUUCAACGAACAAUGUGAAUUCACCAAAUAGAAAUCGUAAAAAUCUUCAAAUCACAAUUUCAUCCGACCAGCAACGUCAUGUACAACUUGCAUUUACGAAUUUAGGUCGUCGUAAUCGCCGUGAGAACAAAACUACGAAGAAACAGGAUGAUUUUGCUGAUUGGAUGUGUUCAUUGUCAUCAGACGAAUCGCUCUGGUCAAAUGAAACAUAUCGAAAAGCGUUAUUAACAUAUUUGGGAAGGAUUUAUGACCAAGGUGCUCAUAUGUAUCGAGUAUUUACUCAAGUUAUACAAAAUGUCGGUGAAGCUGAUGAUUUGGAUAUUUUGUAUCGAUUAAUUGAAGAGACGAAACACAAAGACGAAGCGCGAAUGUCGAUUGGUAAAUGGGAAGAUAAAUCUCGAAUUACUCGUCGAAUCAAUGAUUUGAAAGUUAUUUUCGAAUUUAAUCCGAAAUCUUCAUCGCAGAACCGUAUUUUCGAUGUUUUUCCAUUGAAUUUAACAGAAAUAAUCAAUUGUGAAAAGAUUAAAUCGUAUUUCGAUCUUGGAUGUGGAGAUGGAAUGAUCACAUCAGCUAUUGGAGAAUAUUUACAUUUAAAUAAAGAAAAUAUUCUCGGUGGUGAUGUGUUCAAAGGACAACUCGAUAAGAUUUCAUUUGUUCAAAUCGAUGCAAAUCAAUCGAAAAUUGAUCUUCCGAAUAAUCGAGUGGAUUUGGUAACUUCAUUCGUCACGUUUCAUCAUAUAUCAGAAAUUGAUAAAACUGUGAAGGAAAUUGGUCGAAUUCUUCGACCAGGUGGAUAUUUAAUUCUUCGUGAACAUGAUUGUGAUAAUAGUCGAUCAUUACCAACGAAAUAUCUUCAUUUUGUUCAUGCGAUAAUGAUGAUUUCACGUGUCGGAGAAUUCGCAAAUAUUUCCGAUGAACAAAAUAAAGAAAAUCUUGAUUGGAAAGAACAAAAAUCCGAAAUUCUUCAGUAUACGAAAACAAUUCGAUAUCAAUUGUGUCAACAAUGGCAUGACAAGCUGAGCAACUUCGGGUUUUCUCCUCUUGCAACGUUAUUUUAUCGAGGAAACAAUCCACAACGAUUAUUUUAUUCAAUUUAUCAAAAACAAUGA